CACAGUUAACUGGACUGGAGAGACACUGUUUCAAAAAGUAGUUGAUGGUUAACUGGACUGAAGCGGCACACAGGAAACACUGGACAGCACCGUGUUUGGUUUUGUCAUUAAGGAUAAAGUAACAACAUGCUGAAAUCAGGCUUGUUGUUUCUGCUGCUGUCUUUCAGUGGCUGUGCAGCUCUUCUGUUCAGAGAUAUAGUUCAGCAGAGCACAACACGGAAUUAUGAUUACACAAAAUAUCACAACAUGUCUGAGAUCUCUGCCUGGAUGGAGCAAAUUGUUAAGGAGAAUCCCGGGGUGGUAACAUCUCAAACGUAUGGAAAGACCUUUGAGGGCAGAGAUAUCACUUUGCUAAAAAUUUCAGUGGCAAAUCCUGAUGGCAAGGAGAAAAAGGCAGUUUGGAUGGACUGUGGGAUUCAUGCCAGAGAAUGGAUCGCUCCUGCUUUUUGCCAGUGGUUUGUCAGAGAGGUACUGCAGACCUACAGAACAGAUGAAAAAAUGAAAGAAAUGGUCCAGAACUUGGAUUUCUAUGUGACUCCUGUGCUGAAUAUUGAUGGAUACGUAUACACUUGGAUCAAUGAGACUACUAGACUGUGGAGAAAAUCCAGAUCUCCUCCUCCUGCGAACUGCACUUGUUAUGGCGUCGAUCUGAACCGAAAUUUCAAUGCUAACUGGGGCACGGUCGGAGUCUCUACAGACUGCUGCUCCAACACGUACUGUGGUGAAUCACCAGCGUCUGAGAAAGAGGCUCAGGCUGUGACUGAGUUUGUGAAGAACAGGACAAAAGAAAUCAUCUGCUUCCUCACUAUCCACUCAUACGGACAGCAAGUGCUGCUUCCAUACGGACACCCGCAAAUUAUGGCACCUAAUCAUGCUGAACUGCUGGAGGCAGGUACAGGAGCAGCAAAGGCCAUGACAGCUGUUCAUAAGCAGGAAUAUGAAGCGGGAACUCCUCCAGAGAUACUCUAUGAAUUCUCUGGAUCUUCUAAGGACUGGGCUCGGCUAGCUGGAAUCCCCUUCUCUUACACGUUUGAGCUUCGGGACAAAAAUGAAUUUGGCUUUUUGCUCCCGGAAGAUCAGAUUCAGCCAGCCUGUCAGGAGGCUUAUGCAGGAGCACGGCACAUCAUCACCUACGCCCACGACAAAUUCUUCACUGACAGCAACAAUGCAGGAGCAGUGUCAGCGAGCAUCACUCUCUGGGUGACUGCACUGACCUCGUAUCUGAUUACAUACGUCUUAGAAUAGAUCACAUUUCAUUAGAUAACUGUUUCAUUCAUAUUUUUUUAUGUUAAGUGGCAUUUCACAAGGCCAAAGUGUUUUUUUUACAAUACUAAUGAAUGAAUGAAAAUUGAGGGAGAUGAGGUAGAGAAGAUGAACUGCUUUCAUUUAUUUGAUUUGAUUUUAAACGUCUAUUGUGGGUGAUUCUUUUAAAAUAAAGGGGAAGCUGUUGCAUAAAUGUGGGGCUUCAACAAAAAUGGCACAGGACAAUGCUAGUAAUCAGAUUUUACAGCAGAGGGCAGAACGACCUUUCUUUCUAAAGGCCGAAGGAUUUUGUAAAAGGAAUGCUUUGUGCUUGCCUAAAGGCUAAAAACACUAUUAGCUUUAAAUGUUUCUUAACAUGACUUUUACUGGAUUGAAGAGUCUGAUAAGAAUCCAAUAGUGUUGUUUAUUUGUUUGUUUUUCCUUACUUACUCAUAUCCUUUAUUAAAAAAGUAGAAGAAA